UCUCAUCACUCAGCGGGGCCGGCGUCUCGGGGCGGCCGCGCCGAGGGGGCGGACGUGACUAGCAUGCGAGCGGGGCCUGGGCGCGCGGCGCUCGCGAGGAGGCGGCGGCGGCCGCCGGAGCUCUCGCCGCUGCCACUGCCGCUACCGCCGGCUCUCCUUCUCCGCCCGGGCCUCCUCCUGCUCCGCCCCGGCCUCCUCCCGCUCCGCCCCGGCCUGCGCCGCCGCCCUGGGGCCCUCAGCCCCGGCUCCCGGGGAAUUAGCCCCCCGCACCGGGCGUCCAGCACAAAGACCGGCGGCACCUGGGGCCGUACAGCCGGGCGCGCAGUGGAGACCUGGGCUGCCCUCACGCCGUGCGGUGGCGAGGAGGGAGUGGUGCGCCCGGAUGAGCGCGGGGCGGGGGCCAGGGCGGGCGAGCGCGGGGAAGGGUGCAGCCCUUGGGGACCCCGGGGACGUCGGCGGGUCUCCACCGCCGGGAGAAGACGCAGUGCAGGCGCGAAGGUCGGGGCGAGAAGUGAAGAUCUAAUUUUACGAAAUCGGAAUAUUUCCUCUUCGAAGAGUGUAAAAAAGGAAACUCCUUAGAGACAGUUUAAUCAGUGCAUGACCAAAAGCAAACAGAAUAAACUGUAUCAUCAUGGAGGUCUGCCCAGGAAAUCCCCAAAAUACAGAAGGAUCAUAAGUAGAUGGAAAUUCUGUCAUAGAACAUCUCUCACAAGUGUGUUAUAAGAAUGACAGGGAAGCUACAGGUUACAACAGAUUUGUGAACUCAGCCAAGCACAGUGGUGGCAGGGCCUAGCUGCUACAAAGAAGACAUGUUUUAGACAAAUACUCAUGUAUAUGGGCAAAAAACUCGAGGACUGUAUUUGUAACUAACUGU